AUGGACGACAUCCACGCACCGACAGUGGCCGCGGGCCCGACGUCCGCCGGCUACUCCAAUGGCGUGCCCAAGGAGCAGCUGUCGCUGCAGGAGCUCAUCGCAGAGAAGGACCGCCUGGAGGAGGAGCUCAAAGCUCUGGGGCAGGUUUUGGACUCCCACGGCGUCAACAUGAACACCAGCCUGACCACCUUCGACGGCUUCCCGCGCGCAGACAUCGACGUCGCCCAAAUUCGGACAACGCGGGCGCGGAUAGUGCGGCUGAAGAAUGACUACAAAGACCUCAUGUCGCGCAUCGAGAAGGGUCUCCACGAGCACCACGCACGGCUUCAGGAACAAGCCCAGAACAACGCCGCAGCUCCUAGCCAAGCACUGGCAGCUCCCACCUCCGCGUCGACCGCCCUCCAAGCCCCCUUCGCAAAAGUCAACAGCAUCGUGGCAGGCAGCCCGGCGGACUCGGCUGGAUUGAAGGUUGGCGAUAGCAUAACUAAGUUUGGCUGGGUGGACUGGACAAACCACGACAAGCUGGCCCGUCUGGCCCAGGUCGUCUCGCAGAACGAAGGGCUCCCGAUAGCAGUGAAGGUGCUGCGACCGAGUCCCUCAGGCGGUCCGUCGGAACCUGUAGAGGUGCAGCUCACGCCACGGCGGAACUGGGGCGGAAGGGGAAUGUUGGGAUGCAACCUGCUUCCAGUGUAG